AUGCAGAUGGACGCCGUCUCGCUCUCCUCGGAUUUCUGGGAUGGUGUCGCGUGUGGCAAACUAAUUGCGGAGCCUCGGCUCGCGGUGCUCACGCAGAAGAGUGCAGGCUCCAAGAACGUCCUGCUCGUGGCGACAGACGGGAGCCGAAACACAGAAGGCGCCCUCCAACAUGGACGAAUUUUCGCCCGAGGCGACGCGAUCUCUGUGGAUCUCGAGAAAGGAGGAGCCACAAAGUCGGUUAUCGUCCUCGACAAAUUUACAGUCCAGACGGUCGGAGGGCGGCGUUGCGUCUUCGCACUUUCGCUGAAGAUUUCAAAGGAAGUGUUUCACCUAGCUGGCGGCUCAACAUUUACUCCUCAUCCACGCCUUCUCGACAAUCCUGACGCAUCUGCGAAGGAGGCAAGCGGUCCGAGGUGGCAAGCGAGUUCUGCACUCGCGGUGCGGCCCGCGUCCCAGGAAGACUCACCCCAGGAACGCGACGCGAGCAACACCCUGGCGACGCCUUCCGCACCCGAAGAUGAGGCGAGCACCACGCUCGCCGGCAGCAGCAAGAAGCGCCGUCCUGUCCACGCGCACACUGGCGGCGCUGUCGCUCGCCAGAAGGGCGGCAUCCGCGUGAACAUCAAGGAUCUCAAUUCCUACAGUCAAGACUGGGUCAUUACGGGACGCGUCGCCGACAAAACCGACCUGCGACUGUUUGCGAACCAACGAGGCGAGAGUCAAGUUUUUUCUGCAACGAUCAUCGACCGCCUUAAAGGAGAGAUUCGCGCUAGCUUCUUCGGCGGCGUCGCCGCCAGGUGGCAUCCUCGUCUUGAGGUCGGGCGCGUCUACGAGUUCUCGCGAGGCACCGUCGACGUGGCGAACAGGAAAUUCAACUCCCUUUCUCACGAAUACGAAAUCAAGUUCGACGACCGGGCGCAAAUUGUCGAGACGGAGGAAGAUUCUUCCAUUCCUUCGCAGAUAUUCUCGCCAGUCAAGUUGGCGACCUUGGCCAGAGACGAGUCUCUCCUCGGAACUGUCGUCGACGUCGUGGGAUUCGUCACGUCUUUCAGUGAGACGUCCUCCGUCCUGACGCGCAACACACGGGAAGAACUGCAGAAGAAGGAACUGACUCUCGUGGACGACUCGGAUGCUGCUGUCAGCGUCACCCUGUGGGAGCAGCAUGCGGCAAGUCUGAAGGAAGCGGUGCUUUCCGAACGGCCCCUUGUGGCGAUCAAAGCCCUGCGCGUUUCUGCGUACGCGGACAAAGUGAGCCUGACUUCCACAUCUCGCUCGGUCAUCCUCGUCGACCCUCAAGGUCUGGAAGAAGGCGACGCUCUUGCUGCCUGGUGGCACGACGAGGGCGAACGCACCCACAAGGCUCGCGUCAAUCCGAGCCACAGCUCUGUCAUUACGGAUAUCUCGGUGGUGAACAAGCACAUCGAGGAGCUAACAUCGGGAUCCCUCUAUUUCAACUGCUUGGCAGUCGUUUCCGACGUCCAGCGGUAUUCCCCUGUGUGGCUCGCCUGUCCAGAGUGCAGGCGGAAGGUGCGAAGCGCCCCUGGACGACGAGACGACGCGCGAGGAUCUUCCUUUGCUCGGUGUUUGAACUGCAACAAAACAGUCGAGCCGGUAGCCCAAUGGUCCAUCUCUCUGACUCUGGCAGAUCCUACCGGCUCUCUCGCCUGCGUGGCACUAAACGACUGCGGCCAGCAAGUAGUCGGGCCUCUCCAAAUCACUCCUGAGACCGUUCAGAUGCUCGCACUAGGCGGCACGGACACCUUUGGCAGGACGUUUGGGGAUGCGAUGGAUCUUUUGCUGUUCAGAGAAGUCCGCGUUAGGCUCUGCGUAAGGAGCUACAAGUAUCGAGGAGAUACCAGAGUCACCUGUAAGGUCGUUGGAUGUACCUGGACAGAAAGGGACAACGAGGCACAGACUUGCACACGCCUAAGGAGCAUCCACGACCAGCUGCAGUGA